AUGAGCGACGACGAAGGAUUUGCAGGCGAUCUCUUUGGGGCUGAAGAAGAAGAGGUCUCGAUUCCCGAGCCGACGACCGAGAUCUAUACCCGUGGCGAUGAACAUAAUCAACCCAAGACCUUGAAUAUUCGACUUGUUGGAUCACAUCCUCUUUGGGCCCAUCAUUUAUGGAACGCAUCCAAGGUGUUUGCACGCUUUUUCGAUGACAACAAGGAGCUAUGCCGUGACAAGACGAUUCUCGAGUUGGGUGCUGGUGGUGCAUUACCAAGUUUAGUGGCUGCAGCCAAUGGAGCAUCCAAAGUGGUGAUCACCGAUUAUCCGGACAAGGAAUUGAUUGACAACAUUCAAUACAACGUGGAUACCAAUCUACCAGGCAACCAAAACGUGGCAGUACAAGGCUAUGUAUGGGGCACAGCAACCAACGCAUUGAAAGAACAACUACCGGAAGGUCGAUCCACGUACGACGUCAUUAUCCUCAGUGAUCUCGUCUUUAAUCAUUCACAACAUCAUGCCAUGUUACGCACUUGCCAUGAAUUACUUACACCCGAUACUGGCCGUGUCUAUGUUUUCUAUACGCAUCAUCGACCUCAUCUUGCCCAUCGGGAUGUUGAAUUCUUUUCGAUUGCUCAACGUCCUUACACACCCAAUGUCGAUCCGGAUGAUCGUGAAACCGUUGGCUACGGAUUCGAAGCAGACCAUUUCAUCCAAGAAAAGAUGAAUGUCAUGUUUGAAGAAGAUCCCGGAGAUGUUGAAGUACGAUCCACUGUACAUGGUUGGAAAUUAUGGCUUCCUUCAGUACCAUCAUCAUCCUCAUCAUCAUUACCAUCCUCAUCAUGA